AUGCCCAACCCAGUUCAGAAUGCUGAAACAACUGACGUGAGGUCAUACCCUUACGUAUUUCGGCAAAACGUCUCGGUCCCCCUCUCAAAUGGUGGCCGGAUUCGCUGCAACAUCUACCUCCCGAAGACUGGGGCGAUUGAUGGGCGUUAUCCAGUUCUGAUCACCUAUGGUCCUUACGGAAAGGACAUACCCUAUCAACACUUUAAUGCCGCGAGCUUUGCCGAGAUAAAUCCGGACCAUAAGUCCGAACAUUCCGCCUGGGAGACACCUUUCCCUACGUACUGGACUGCUCAUGGGUACGUCGUUGUCAGAGCUGAUGAGUUGGGCACCGGUCAGUCGCCUGGACAACUCGAUGUUUUCUCAGCCACGACGGUUGAUAGCUUUUGUGAACUGGUUGAGUGGGCUGCCAUCCAGGAGUGGUCCACUGGUAAGAUUGGGCUGCUCGGAAUCAGCUAUUAUGCCGCAAUUCAGUGGCAGGUUGCUGCUCGCAACCCAAAUGGCCUAGCCGCAAUUGUCCCAUGGGAGGGAUUCGCAGAUCAUUACCGCGACUUUUCACGGCACGGAGGCAUCUUCUCGAAUAGUUUCCUCCGUUUAUGGUACGACAGACAGGUAAAGUCAAAUCAGUAUGGCUUGUCAGGCCGGGCGAGCCGUAACUGGGGCCCUGACACUGUGGAUGGAAAUCUGCCAGAGGAAGAGUUGAGUGCAAAUGCUAUUGACAUAGUUGAUCAGCUCCAAUCGCAGCAUUUCCGGGACCAUGACCGAUACGCAACUGUCAAUUUCAAUUUGGAAGACAUCCGUGUGCCUCUUUUGAGUGUCGCAAAUUGGGGAGGCUACCUCCUCCACUUGCGUGGCAACGUUGAAGGCUAUACUUGGGCCAGCUCAGAAUUUAAAUACCUCCGCUUUAUUACAGGGAGACAUGAUUUGCCUUUCUACUAUCCAGACGAAGUUGAAAUCCAGCGCAGCUUCCUUAAUGCAUUCAUGAAAGGUGAUGAUCGGAUUGGAUGGUCGCGAAAAGGCGCUGUUCCUUCAGUUGACCUUGUUUUGCGAAGAGGUGACGUCGGAUACAACGAUCCGGACGCCGAAGCAUUAUACCCCCGUCGAAAGGAAAACGAAUGGCCCAUUGCGCGAACGGUCUACACGCCGUUAUUUCUCAAUCCUGACCAACGACUUACGGACAGCGAGCCAUCUCUGAGCACCAUCAAAAAAAUCGCUUAUAGAGCUCUUGGAGAUCUAUCAAACCCGCAGUUCAUCUCCUUUCGCACCCAGCCGUUCCAGUCAGAAACGGAAAUAACAGGGCAUAUCGUAGCCCAUUUGAAUGUUUCCAUGAGCCGAGACUCUUGGAGUUCCGCUCCAUCAGACAUUGACUUGUUUGUUACGCUUCGCCAUCUGUCAUCCAGUGGCAAAGAAAUCUUAUAUACGGGUACCGUUGGUGAUCCAAUUCCUGUGACAAAGGGUUUUUUGCGCAUGAGCCUGCGAAAAGUAAACAAUGAACAUCCACAUCACCGUCCGUACCGUCCACAUCGCGAUUACCUCUCGUCGGAUGUCCAGGCUGUCAUUCCCAACGAGGUAUACACCGCCGAUGUGGAACUUUGGCCCACCAAUGUUGUUGUGCAAGAAGGAGAGUGUCUCGUCUUCGAAGUGAGUUCAGGGGACACUCCUGGGACUGGUAUUUUUGAACAUUGUGAUCAAGUCGACCGGUGA